AUUUAGAAGAACAAAUGAAUCCGUUUCUGCAGCCACUUCUUUGAAGACACCACGAUAAGGCACUCAGAUCCAGGUGAAUUGCUAGCCUUUAGUCACGUGACAUUUUGUUCUGAAUUCUGCCAUCAGAGGUUCUAGGACAGAACUCAAUACAGAGGACACACAAAGCAUAUCAAGCAUGCCCCUGGAGCCAGAUAAACCACACACACACAAUGUGGAAGAAGACUCUGAAAGCACUUGUCAUAAUAGACAGGAUGAUUCUGAAGCCCAGAAUCUACAAAGUCGACUGAGACAGAGUACUGAAAUUUCCCACAGUGGAAAUACUCUUCCAUCAGUACCUCCCAACUUGGUUUCUGUAGAAGAGCUGAUUGAGGCAGAAAAAGGAGUCUGUAAUAUGGCUCUAGCCCAUGAGAUUGUAGUUGAUGAAAGUUUUGUUAUCAAACAGCGUGAUCUACCAGAGAGCAGUUUUGAGAAAACCCUUGAAGACAUUAUGAAGAAGGCUUUCUGGGACAGUUUACGGGCACAGCUGAAUGAAGAUCCACCAGUUUAUGACCAUGCUAUUAAGCUUCUAGGUGAGAUUAAAGAGAGUCUCUUGUCAUUCUUGCUGCCGGGUCAUACCAGGUUAAGGAAUCAAAUCAAUGAGGUUCUGGAUCUGGAGCUCAUAAAGCAAGAGGCUGUGAAUGGUGCACUGCACAUCCCGAAACUAGCUGACUUUAUCAUCGGGAUGAUGGGAACUCUCUGUGCUCCUAUCAGGGAUGAUGAUAUUAAGAUCAUCAGAGGUAUCACAGACGUGGUGGAAUUGUUCAGGGAGAUUUUUGCAGUGCUGGAUUUAAUGAAACUUGACAUGGUGAAUUUUGCUAUUAGCAGUAUUCGACCACACUUAAUGAAACAGUCUGUUGAUUAUGAACGGAAGAGUUUCCAAGAAUUCUUUGACAAACAACAUGGCUCAUUGGAAAUCACUACAGAAUGGUUGCAGGAGGCAGCCAGUGAACUCCUGAGCUCUGAUGCAGAAACUUCUGUGUAUGGUGGCGCUGCAGCUGGUGCUAAAGACAUUUCUGCAUUGUGCCCUGCUUCAGUGUUAAACCAUGCAUAUGUGAAAUUGCUGAAGUGGGAUCAUGCUAACAGACUCUUUCCAGAACCUGUGCUCAUGGACCAAUCUCGCUUUGAGGAGAUGCAGCGCGAAUUGAAUCAACUGACCAUUACAGCGGCUGUCCUGCUGGUCAUAUACAACAUGACGGGUGCAGCUUUAUCAGGGCUGUCAGGAUUUCUGGAUAGACUGAAGAGAGUUAUUAAAGUCUUAUUGACAGAUAUGCAUAUGCUCUCCUUUCAUCUUUCUGAGGCUAUGGUCAGUAUGAGUGAGCAGAUCUGUGUAGAAGUAAACAACUGCUUAUCUCAACAUGGUUUCUCACUGCUAAGCACGGAGAAAGAGACAGUGUUAAAAGGUCAAAUCCAGGCAAUAUCUAGUCCAGAUAACUCCGUUCACAAACUGAUAGAUGCACGCAUCCAGACUUUCCUGAAAACGAUCCUUGCGUCAAGCAAUCCAAAAUCAGUUGCGAUCCCUGGAGGACUUGGUCCUGUGAGAAACGAGUUGGAAGAAGUAACCGUCAAAUUUCUUCAUCUUGUAAACUAUAACAAAUUGGUCUUCAGUCCUUAUUAUGACACAAUCUUGACCAAAGUGCUCAAAAAGAAUGGCUCGCAGCUACCUGGGCUAAGUGAAGAGGAACAACUAUCCUCAACAUAAUUUCAUUAGGAGCAAUGCAUAUUCAAGCAACAAUUUCUUUUUUUUUUGUGUCUCCCUCCACGUGGCUUAGAAGGAGCCAAGCUGGUUGGGGAGGGGGCAUUUAUGAAGAAUGACCUUACAUUGGGAUAACCCCAGAUGGUGAAGGUGCAGAAUUCACUGGCCCUUCAUGCUUCUGUAAAAUAGAAGGGAUGUGUUUCAGUAUUAAAGACUCCUGCUUUUUCUAAAGCUGGGAAAACAUUUCUACCUAUGUUGUCUUUUUAAUAGUUUUGAAUUCCCUCUCCGAAAUUUAUUUCUCCCAACCAUUACUAACAGCCCAAUUAAUAGAGCCACUUGAACAGACUGAUAUUAUAUACUGAUUGAAACUUUGUUUGUACGAUUUCUGAAGGUAGAACCUAUUUAUUACACUCUUUAGUUAAAUGAUAACUUUAUGUGAUGCAAAACUUUAAGACAAUUACCGGGAUGAUUUUUGAAACCAAAGGCCUCUUUAUACAGGGUACUGAGCCACUUGUGGCUUUGGAGCACUCAUAAGCCUUUGAUACCUUGAGACUUGCGAAGAUUAUUUUAAUGCACUACAUUAGCCCUUAGUUAAGCUUUGCCUGGGCUUCAAAAUUUUCAUCCUUGUUUUCAGACCCUCCAUGGCCUUGCACCUCCCUAUCUCCAUACUCACUUCUAGCACAUAUAUUCCAAUAUGUUGCAUUCCUUCAAUUCUGGAACAUUUCUAAUAUUAAUCACUGCACCAUUGGUGAUCAUGCUGAGGCUCUAACCUCUGGGAUUCCCUUCCUCGAACUGUCUAUCCCUCUACUUUUUUUCAAAUUUAAGAUACUUCUCAACAUCUGCUUUUGGUCAGCUGCCUUAAUUUUUAAAAGGAUGAGGGUAUCUCUGGCCAAGCCUGCAUUUAUUGUCCAUCCCUAACUUCCCAGAGAGCAGUUGAGUCAACCACAUUGCUCUGGGUCCGGAGUCACAUAUAGGUCAGACCAUGUAAGGAUGGCAGAUUCCUUCCCUAAACGGCAUUAGUGAACCAGAUGGUUCCAACAAUUGACAAUGGAUUCACAAAUCAAUCAUCAUUAGACUCUUAAGUGCAGAAUUUACGGAUUUUUCAGCUGACACCACCUGUCAUGGCAGGACUUCAACCCGGAUCCCCAGAAUAUUACCUGGGUCCAUGGAUUAACAGUCUAGCAAUAUUACCACGAGGCUAUUACCUCCCCUUAUUCUCCUAUAUGGUUUGGUGGUAAAUUUUAUUUCAUUAAGCUUCUGUGAAGCAUCUUGGGCCUUUUAAAUCUGUUAAAUGCUCCCUGUAAGUGCAUAUUAUUGGGUAAGGUUUAAGGUGUACUGUUGCUCAUCAAUGUAAAGAAUGCCCCUUGAUCGAAAUUCUGGUUGAAGCUAGAAUAGACUGUUUAACAAUAGGCAUCCACAAAAUCUGUUAGUGCCAACUGACUCAGUCAAUGUCUAUUCCUUAUUUGACACUGAUGCCCAUGAAGGACUACUGCUGCAAACAGUAAUCGAGUCACUAUCGCUUGUUUCAAAGAGGCUUAUAUUCCCCUGGAUCAUGCUUACAUAACAGCGGGCUAUACCUCACCGGUGUUUAGGUUCCAAAUCCAAUUUCAGAAAUAUUACAAUUGACAUUUUGGCAUCUGUUUAUAAAUGAACUAUGAUCUGUGGUCUUCAUUAAUAGCUAAAUGAAGAAACAGGGCCAGUUGGCUAGAGACAACAUUUCUGGCUUAUUUUUAGACUGCAAGCUAGAAUGUUAAAUGUGACCAACUGAACAUUAUGCUGAAGUUGAAGACUUUGUGUCAUCCUAUACCAAAACCAAUUUGUUCGAAGCCCAGCAUAUAUUUCUGGUGUGAAAAUUGAACAGUCACUUUGACUGCACUUAUCAUAAUUUAUUUCAAGAGAUUACAUCACACAAUCCUAGGAAUGGAUGUGAAUAACUUUUACAGUGGGAUUUGAUGAGGAAGGAAUAGUUGGGAUCAAAGGUGAGAUAGAUAGAGUGCUGUAGGUUUGGGGUGAGGGUAGAUGUGGAGGGAUUGAGGAGCAGUGCCCUCUUUUGUGAGGGAGUAAAAAAUUGGACAUUAGGAGAAAUGGAAGAGGAAUAGGGUAUAGGUGGGGUAAGGACAUCAAAUGGCAGUUUGGCCUGGAAGUAUUGGCAAUCUUUACACCAGCUUGGUUUGCUGCUAGUCUCUGGAGAUUUUACUGUGUUUCUUCUUUUAUUAUAGUACAAUUUAAUUCUGUCCUAAGCAAAAUCAUAUUUGCUCAAAAGUCCAACCUUUUCUUGUUAUUUAUAACCUUUCAUUACGCAAGUCACCAAACUAUUACUUGAAUAUAAUGAACCAUUCUUAUGAAUGUCACCUGAAUGUGUUAAGGAGUAUAGUCAUGCAGAGUGAAAGCAUUUAGUUGCAUCAUUCAGUGGCCAUAAACUCCCUGGUGCUUUCAUUAUUGCUGGCUGUGUUGCAAUAUUGUAUUUCACUCAUUUAGCGUUACACGUGUGUGUUGUUGCAUCAGGCAACUAUGGAGUGUGCAUUGUAUUAACUAAUUUACCAAUGUAAAUACGAGUAACCUAUUUCAAAGAACAAUUUGGAGGAUGGUGCCUAAUUUUUUUUCAGCUGCUUGUUCCUAGAAUUUUGCACUAUAAUAGUAAAUAGUGAGAAUGUAUUUAAGCAAGAAAGGCAAACUUAUGUAUCCUAAAGUAAUAAAAAAGGUGCACCUGG